AUGCUGUUCGUGGGAGUUGGACUACUGAUCUUUUUAGCUGCCGUUUUGGGUGAUUCCCUGGAUGUUUGCCUGAAGGAUCUGGGCUGCCUGCGAGGGACUCACAUGCCAGGAUAUCAGAAAGGAGAGUUUGAAGCCUUUUUGGGAAUUCCCUUUGCCCAGCCGCCAGUAGGACCGCUUCGUCUUAAGAAUCCUGUGAAGGCUAAUGCCUGGCAGGGAGUACUCGAUGCAGGAUCGGCAAAGGACGGCUGUUUGCAGAGAAACUACUUUUCAAACGAUAGGGAUGUGAGGGGUGUGGAAGAUUGUCUCUACCUGAACGUCUAUAGACCCAAGCAACGAGAUGGAAAUCCCUUGCCUGUAAUGUUCUACAUACAUGGUGGUGGUUUCUUUAGCGGCACUGCCCAUCCAGUGGCUAGUGGACCUGAGUAUUUAAUGGAUACGGAGAAGGUGAUCAUGGUAACAGUGGGCUAUCGCCUGGGACCUUUUGGUUUUCUUAGCACUGGCGAUGAGAAUAUGCCAGGAAAUUUCGGAUUGAAAGAUCAGCGGUUGGCUCUGCAGUGGGUUCAGCAGCAUAUAGCUGAAUUUGGAGGAGAUCCUCAGAUGGUCACCAUCCUGGGUCACAGUGCAGGAGGAAUAUCUGUACAUCUGCACAUGAUAAGUCCAAACUCCAAGGGACUCUUCCAAAAAGCCAUGUCUUUGACAGGCACCAUGUUUAUUCCAGCCAUGCAUAUCCUUGAGGAUCCUUUAAGUCAAGUUAGACAGCUGGCCAAGGAGAUUGGUAUCGAUCAGGCAGAUAGUCUGAGUACCCAGGAUCUAGCACAAGCCUUUCGCGAUGUAGAUCCCAUGAAGCUGCUCCUCAGUGUGGAUAGUUUAAAGACCUACGAUAACCUGCCCCUCAUAAGCACGCAACCUGUUUUGGAGACACCAUCUCCUGAAGCCUUCUUGACCGAAGAUCCGCUAAAGGCCCAUCGAGAGGGUCGUAUCAACCAGGUGCCCUGGGUAGUCAGCCUCAAUUCUCGAGCUGGAGAGGGAGCCUUGACCUUGUUGCGCUCCUUCACGUGCCCAAAACGUAUGGCAGCUUUUAAUGAAAAAUUCCUGGAACAUCUGGCCUUGGUGCUCAAUCUUCCCGAGGGAACUCCUCCACAAAAGGUCAGGGAAAUACUGGAUGCAUAUGGAUUUCAGGGGGAGGCCCUGAACAACGAUACAAUGUUGUCUAUGGCGGAAAUCGCUGGUGAUUUCAACUUUUUCUUUCCGAUCUACGAAACUAUAUCGACUUAUGCCAGUUAUGCCAAUCUUGAAGAGAAUCCAUUGUCCAUCUAUAUCUUUGAGUUUACCGGCCUGAACUCAAUAUCACUAAUGUUCGGUGCCUCCCCUGAGGAUUUUGGUUUGGGAGGAGCUCACAUGGAUGAUGGUCUGCACACCAUAAGAUUGCCGAUUCUCGUUGAGGAUUUUCCCAAGGACUCUAUAGAUGCAAAGGUUGUACAAAGAAUGACUUCGCUUAUCACGGACUUUGCUAAAACAGGGGUCUUCCAUGAGGGAUCCACCUGUAAGGCUUCCGAUUUCAAAGAUCAAGGAAUGUGCAGCUACUUACAUUUUGGUGGGACCACUGAGAAAUACGAAGAAGAUGUUCGCCAAAGUCUGAAACUGACAUACUUUCCCAUAUGGAAGAAUUUAUUUUUGUAAAGAAAGAUACGACAUACAAUCCAAUUCCAUCUGCUAAGGGGUAAUUUAAGAGUGAGUUGCUGAUAAAUAAAUCACAUUAAUUUGCGAAA